ACGUGUCAGUCCACUGCUGGAGGGAGAACAUGUCUUGUCCCUAUAUAUAGGGAGUUAAUGCGGGUUGUCGGGAGUCUUUACUUUCCCUCAAGUUAAUGAUGAGAGAGCACUUCACGUUCAGAUUGUCACUUUCACCUGCGUUUGUCAGUCACAGGCUCACAGCUGAAGCGAGCUCGACGACGCUUUAUUCCCAUUGGCUAGUUUAGUGUUCGAGCGGAUCUCUACCGGAGUCCCGCUGGAGAAAAAACGCAAACUCGGAAUUCCCGAAGUUGCGAAGUUCGCGAGACGGAGCGCGGCGUGGAGAAACCAAACCUUCGCGGACGGAAAAAGGCGUGCGCGACUCGACUUUAAGCACGCCUAGGUGCUGUGCAGAGCCACAGGAGGGCCAUGUCUGAUAACAGCACCGGCAGCACCGGGUCAUCCAGUAACAGCUGGACUCUUCUCUCCCCAGAGGAGGUUGCUGCUGACCCAGCAGCACCAGUGGAUGAUGGGACAGAAAGCAUUGGAGAUGCACCCAGUCUGUCAGAGGAUAUAGCAGGGAGCUCUUUGGAGGCAAGGUCACACGACCCUGAGACUCCAAUUCUGGAGCCCGUUUUGUCAGAGGAGGGUCAGCAGGUCAGUGCUCCAUCGCCGAUUUGCCAGGAAACAUCCCCAGAUUUCUUUGAGGAAAUGGCAGCAUCUGGUCCUCCCGAGGUUGAGCUUGAUCCUGAGAUCCAUGCUCCUAUCAUCCACGACACCAUCACCAGUUCUCCGCCGGACAGUGACCUUCUGGGUGCCGUUCCCUUCAGCAUCGCUACAGAAUCAGCCUUCCAGUUUUCAGAGGAGUCAGUCCUCGAUGAGCCCCCUGAAGAGGACGUUACUGAUGUCUUCCCCGGUCAGCACGUUCCAAUCCAAGAAAGCCCUGCCUCUCAACUAGAACCCAAAAUCACCUCCACCCCUGAACCCUUCAGAGAAUUAAGCUCCACCCCUGAAGAUUCAGCCGAGAUAAGCCACGCCCACAAUACCAGGGGUGAUUCUGCAAUCCCUGUGCUUGAUAUUCAUGCUGAUGUACAUCCUGCUCCUGAAACCCCCCCUCUGGCUCCGCCCUCUGAAGAUGAUACUGGUUUUGGGACCACAUUGGAAAGCCCCACCCCUGACAGCCCAUAUCCAGAAACCAUUGGUUCAAUUGAAAGUGAGGAGGAGCCUAGUUUUCAGAAGGAAGACAUCGAACUGCCUGAGAAAUUCCCUGAUGUGAUCAGAGAACCAGAAUCUCUUGGUGCUGAAUUUCCAGCAUUCUCCUCAGCAGAUGAUGAUGAUGAUGGUCUGCGAUUCAGACAUGUUCAACCUACCAUAGUGCUGAAGCGCAGCUCCGAUGAGGAGGAAGAGGAAGGAGAAGAGGAGGAAUUCAACCUGCCCGCCAGGAAGGAGGAGAAGCGAGGUUUCUCUCUCAAUCAGCUCAUAGUGGGCGCUCUCGUCCUGCUCUGUGUUGGGUCCUUCUUUUUCUCAGGUUCUGUGUUUGACCUGGCGGAUGAUGAUAUUGAUGGAACAGAAUUAAGUGACCAGGAACUUCUUGAUAAACUUGUUCAAGAGAAUAAACAAAUUAAUAUAUUGGAGGCCCAGAUUGAGUCACAGAAAGAGGAGCUGGACCAGGCUCUGAAGAUGGCAUCACAAGCACAUAGCAAUGAAAAAGGAGUGCUGGAAAACGAGAACAUUAAAUUAAAAGAACAACUGUCUGAUCUGCCUGGAUUAAAAGAGGAACUACAGACGCUGAGAGCAAGAGUUGCUGAGCUUACAAAACUAACAGCUGAAGAUCUCGCACAAAAAAUCCCUGACUCCGACCCUCCUUCCACCACUGACUCUGUUCCAGAAGAAGCCGAGAAACACUGCGAAAAGGAAGAACUGAAGCGUCAAAAAGCUCUUUUGGAGGAGAGUCGGAAGCGUCUGGAGGGAAUGAAGAAGCCGAGCUGGAACAAGCAGGGAUUGAGGGAGAGCCUGGUGGAGAUGCAGAAGAGACUGUCCAAACAGGUGGAGCAGCUGGGCAAACGCGAGGACUGGAAGAGGAAACACAAGAAGGAAUGGGGCAGAAAGAAGGAACACGACUGGAAGAAAGAUGGAGAGGCUGAGAGAGGGAAACACGGCAAAGACAAGCGGAAAGAGCAUCUCGUGAAGUACAAAGAAGACUGGGACCACAAGAAGGACGAGAGGAGGCAGGAGCGGGAACGACGACAGAAGGAAAGACCUUGGGAUGCUAAGCCUUCCAAACAUCAGCACCAUCAUGAGAAUGCAGACUUCUGGAGACACCAAGAAGAGAAGCUCCGAAGGAACCGACAUCCGGCUGAAGGCUGUCGUGGCGUUUCCAACUGCGCAGACGCCGAAGGUCUCGUUCCCGUGAAGCUGCCGGAGUUUCAGGAUCUCCUCAAGAUCUACACAAGCAAAUUAGAGGCACUUCCUCAAGAAAACAAGGAGUCUCUCAAACGGCUCACAGCCCAGUUCUUCAGCGGUGGCGUUUUCGCCCACGACAGAAUGCUUUUCAGCGAGUUUGCCGAGGAUGUGGCUGAUAUCCUGGAAGAUCUGGCAGACGAGCAACUUGACAAUGAUUCCUUGGAAGAAGAGAUGGAGGAGUUUGAGAAGGAGGCGCUGUUAAAGUUUGCCGCCAUUUCGGCGUAAUGUAGAAUCUUGAGUGGGAGAAAAUACACCAAGUGAAGGAAAGCAAAAAGAAAUGAUACUUUCCCUGAUCUUCAUGGACUGUAGAUGUAGUUUGUGUGUGUGUGUGUGUGAGGAGAAGAGUCUUGUCAUUAGUGAAGUCCCACCUGUGUUUUGGGUGUUUUGUUGUAAGCUACCUCCAUUAGUCCUGUUCUUCAACGCCAAACCCUUUGACUCCUGCUUGCAGUGUAAAAAUGUCAUGUUGCCAUGUGAAUGAAACCGCUUUACUUUGGGAUGGAUCGGUCUGCUAGUACAUAUGGAGUUGUGAACGAGAUUAACGCUUAAAUGGGUACGUGCAAUGAGAUCGGAGAAGAAUGUCCUUUUAUAUUGGUCUGAAAAGGAAAAGUUCUCCCAAAUAUAAAGUUAAACUCAUGCUGAAGUGGUUCCAAGCCUUCACCAGUUUCUUUCUUCUGUUGAACACAGCAUAAGAUCGUUAUUCAAAGUUAUCUUCUUGUGUUUAACAAAAUAAAGAAACAAGUCAAUUGAUUUUUGAACUGUUUCAUUUAGAAAUAAUGCCGAAUGUCUCAUUUUAUUUUAGAUGUGAAGGAUUUUUUUAUUUACAUUUUAUUUAUUAUUAAAAUCCUGGUUUCUUCGCACUGAUCUCAUGCUUUUGCUUAGUAAGCUAGAGUCGGACUGGUUUCUUUUUACGUUUUGUUUUCGCUAGAGGUUUUAGAGGUCAUUGUAAACUUUCAGUUUUUCGGUUUCCAUCCCGACUUAAGUUCUGCUCAACCUAAUGUUUAUGAGAACCCAAAAUCUUUGAAUGUUGUUAUCAUUAUUAUUUUUUUAGGAAUUUGACACGUUAGCUUUUGUGCCUUUACUAGUGAGCACAGUACUGAAGUGAACACUUUGAAUGAAAACCGAGAGUUUCAAGAAUGGAUUAGUUUGCACUGUGGUGACGUUUUAUUUAUAUCCUCUUUCUAUCCUAGGAAAAGAGCCAUUGUAAUCAAUCAUGAUCAUUUGAUUUAUUGCUGUGUGUUUUUGUUUUGUUGUAUCUCUUUUGGGGAGGGAUGAAUUGAAUUAUGGCCUUUUCUUGUUCAAUUUGUAAAUAUAAAGACAAAGUAAUUUAACUCCUAAUUUAAGGUAAGUUAUCAGACGGCACACAGUGAUAUUUAUGAUGAUGGAUGAUGGAAAAUUUAAUACCAUUUCAAAGGAAGACCAAAUGUCACAAUGUAUCAAUAUGAACAAUUUUUGAUGAUUAUUAAAACCAUGUACCAUUGCCUUGAGAA